AUGGAGAACGUCCGUGUCGCGGUACGAGUUCGUCCUUUUCUGCCCAAUGAGGAGCCGCGUCGUUAUAUGACAGUGAGCGGCCACCAGAUUGCCAUUGGGGAGUCGCGGAAAUUUGCUUUUGAUGACAUCUUCGACAUGGACGCAACAUCGCAGGUAGUAAAUGACGCCGUUGCGGCGCCGCUGGUAUCUGCUUUUGUGGCUGGCUACACGGUUUCUGCCAUCGCCUACGGACAGACGGGUGCAGGGAAGACGUUCACCAUGUCGUCCUUGUCGGCGGAUGUUGUGCAGCGGGUAUUGGCCGCGUUAAAGGAGGAAGACCUUGCGGAGGACGAUGGCAAACACGAGUUUCGCUUCUCUGCAGUGGAGGUGUACAAUGAAAGCAUCAGCGACCUCAUCGCCUCCGGCACCGGCUCCAUGCUACACCCGUCGCAUUCGAUGGGGUCGUUGCCAUCGCUGUCGCUGCGGGAAGACUCGCGGCAUGGCGUGUACAUUCAGGGCCUCUCCGAAGUGGUCGUGGAGAGCAAGGAGGAGCUGCUUGCGUGGGUGAAGAACACGCCCACCAACCGUCGCACCGCCUCCACACUGAUGAACGCGACAAGCUCCCGCUCACACCUGCUGCUUACGAUCAGCCUCACAGACGGCGGGGUGGUGUCGCGCUUUGGUUUGGUAGACUUGGCGGGGAGUGAGCGCAUCAAGAAGGUGAACGGCCGACAGCUUGCGACCGGUGCCAUAAAUGAAACGCUUAACGAGCAAGCCUCACAGUACCUUAAGGAGCGGUCGAAGGGGAUUGAAAUGGCCUCACGAAUGCGUGAAGGCAUCAGCAUCAACAGUGGGCUCCUUGCACUGGGAAAUGUUAUCGUGGCCCUUUGUGAGCGGAGGUCGCACGUACCGUACCGCGCCUCGAAACUCACCCGUCUUCUACAGCCCAUGCUGGGUGGGAACUCAAAAACAGUCAUGAUCGCUUGUGUCUCGCCUGCUGUCUCCUCCUUUGAGGAAACGUUGAAUACGCUGAAGUACGCCAAUCGCGCCAAGUCUAUUCGUACAAGCUCUUUUAAAGUAGAUACAGGUUGCUCCACCUUAGAGGAGGCCGAGAGAACUAUUGCGUGGCUUAGGCAGCGGCUGGAGGCGGCACAGCAGGCUUCGCAGGAGGCACAUUCCCCCAUGAUGUACAUGUUUCCAGCGGUAGAGGAAGCACGGUUGGGGGAAGUACAGGAGUUACUUGCAAGCGAGCGGAAGUUGACGCAACGGCUGCAAGAAGACCUCUUCAAUGCAGAGUACACUGCCAUGAUUGAGGUUGAAAAACGCAAGCAGCUUGAAAAGCGUCUUUUGUCCAUUGAAGCCCAACAACAGCGUGAGCUUAACGAGUUUAUGGAACUAAGUGGCGCACGGCCGUGGGAUGACUUCCUUCGAGAGGAUGCUGCUGAGGAGAGGGAAACUGCGUCAUGCACUCAGCUACAGGCCGAGAGUGACGAGCUACCGGCAUCGAAGGGAGAAAGGGAGGGUGAGGAGGUGCGGCUAUCGGCCUCCGAGGGCGCGGCUCUGGAGUACCUUUCUCGCGACAUCGCGGCGAAGGAUGGAUUGAUCCAGAAGCUGGCGCGUCAAAAAGAGGAGGCGGUGCAGGAGUUGGAGUACUACAAGUCUCAACUGCAAGAGCUCCAGGACGUCCGGCAUCGCUUGGAGGAUGAGUUGUCACGCGCCGAGGCAAAGAUAGAGGCAGCCAAGAUGGAGCGCCAGGGAAAAGAGGAGCGGCGAAGCUCGCUGGCACAUCACCAACUGCAGCUGCGCAAAUCCGAAGAGGCGGCGGAGUACCGGCGGAAAAUGCAGGAAUCAACAGCGGUCGUCACAGCGCAAGAGGCCAGCGCAGAGAUGAUUAAACAUCUACAGUCACAGGUGGCGGAGAUGAAUGACGAACUCAACCGUCAUAGGCACACCUUGCGGGAGCGGCAGCAGCGCAUCCACAAGAUGUCUGUCUCCCAUGCCCAGGAGUUGAACCAGCUGCAGAAGAAACUGCGCGCGUCGGAGGCGCAGGUGACGAAACUGCAGGUUCAGCUGCAGAAGAAGGAACGGGAACUUUCACGCGUCAAGAAAGGUGGGGCAGGUGGUUUUACGCGCCGCCAACCAGCAACACUUACCCCGCAGCAGUCACCGACGGCCAAUGUGCUGCCAGUGGACCUCUCGGAGGGCGUACAAAAGGAAAUUGAUAUCGAAUUAAUGUCCAUCGCCAAUUUGGAAAGAGAGCUUGACGAGCUGACGGUAGACCGUGACGAAUUAAAGAGUGCACUGAGAGAGGUGGAGGAACGCACCGGCGGCAUGGAUAAAUGGGAAAAGGCAGUGAAAGCAUUUAGCAUGCGACUGCAACAACUGGAGCGGGAGCUUCAGUCAGACACCCUUAGUGAGCAGUUGCGGUCGCAGUACGGCAGUGAGAAGGUGAGUAUUGAAGAUAGAUUGCGGCAAUUAAAAUCAUUUGAGCCUGUGGUGGCGGAGGCAUCGAGGCAGCUGGUAGAGAUGGAAAGCAACCUUGAUAGUUUACAAGAGGCACGCAUGUAUCACCUACGACGGGUGCGUCAGCUGCAAAAUGGGGCCUUAACGUCUGUGGACCGAAGCAUCUGGGCCUCUGGAUUGCUGCAGCGCGGGGCUGCAGAUUGCGCAGAACUUCUUAACAAAAGAAACUAA